GAUUCUGGCCAUUAAUCAUCUGACCUCCAUAGAUCCUUCGUAAUGUAAAUAAAAUGCGUCCCUGUACUGAAGGGGUGUUGAAAAAGCUUUAGGCAAACAUGAAAUUUCAGUGUACGUCUAUUUUUGGUUCUAGUGGCAGAUUAACACAAUUUCUCAUGAUUCACGGAGAAACACUGUGGGAAAGACUGCUAAUCAUCUCUUUAGCCUUUCAAAAUAGAGAGAGCGAAGCGUUUCAAGCCGAUUCACUCACCUGUCGGCUGUCACUACUCAGUACUCACUCUCCCGCCUCAGUGUUGCUUAGGCAGUGGUAGUGAGAAGGUGCGUGCGCGCUGGUCUCCUGGGGCGCUAUGCCGUGUGUGUGGACGGGAUGGGGGCCCCUGAAACGCCUCCUCCUGCCCCUCCUGCUACUGUGUCUUCGUCAGGAGUGUCUUGUGGCGGGUAACAGUGACGCUAAUGAUACGUCGACAUUGCAAAAUUCUACCUGCAAUCAAAGUCACUGCCUCCACUGUGACCUCAAGACGGAGAAGUGUGUUAAGUGUCUCUAUGUCAUUGUGGCCUCCUCUCGCCUGUGUCUUACCGCGUGUCCAGCUGGCUUCUCCACCUCCUGGCCCUCUGAUAGUGACUUGCUGGGACGUGUGUGUAAAGAACGAAGUAUGUUGGCGCUUAUAUCGGGGCGUGACGUGACAAUCAUAGCGGGGGCGGCGGUGGGCGGGGCGGUGUGUGUGGGUGUGGUGAUCGGGGCGCUGUUGUAUAUGAAGAAAAGAGCCAAGCCGCCCCCGUGUUACCCGCCGCCCGAACCCAGGCAGCGGUAUCCUAUCCCAAGACUGUGGAAGGAUAGACGGCCUAAUGCUACCGAGAAGCCAGUUGCAGAUGAAGAGCGCGUGGAAUUCCUGGAGCAGUUGGCGUGUCUGCGCGGGGAGGCCACUAAUUUCCUAGAGAUGCUUAGCCACACCCAAACCCGCUUCCGUUCCCUCGGCAGCCCUGACUCCCCCACUGACACCAAGGCGAAGGCGUACAGGGCUGUAGUGAGGGAUCUGUCCAGGGUUCUCACUCUUCUAAAUAGACGAGAGGAGCACAUACUGACUGUUCCUGGUGACUGGCGGCGGCUCCUCUCGUGGGCUGCUCGUGUCCUAGCUCGCUACAAGAGACAGAAGACAAUGAAGGAGAGCGGUGACCUGCCCACCCUGGACCCCCUAUACGCUGGAGGCACUCUCUACCAGACCCGGAGGCAGACACAGGCUCAGCGGUGCCGCCUCGUGACCCAGGGAGCGCCACCCCCCCUCCCAGCGGUCACCCCCACGCCCCCCUCCACACACAGAGACUCUCCAUUGAGCUGUCAAGGCACGCCCAUCAGCAGCCAGAUGGGGUCCCGGUCUAACUCCAUGGUGAGCCUGACGCCGAUAAUCCUGGAGGAGGCGGAGGAGGAGAUGGAGAAUGGAACCAGGGACACGGAACCAUUUGAAACCUCACACUACAACCUCGACUUUGAAACUACUGACAGGCAAACACAAGAGGCCCAAAACAAGUACCUGAGGGGAAACACUGAUGGUUCCCCCAACAACUACAACAACUACAACUACUACAAGCCCCCGACGCACAUUAGUCAGAAGGGAAAGCAGUGCAUGACAAUUAGGGAGCAAAUAUUAAACCUUCGCAACAUGGAGCAGAGACAAGAGGCCAGGAAUGUUGACAAAUACUUGACACCAGAGGGCAGUCCAGUCAGGGAACACACGCUGGUGGUAGGGACAGCAGAGACACAACAGCAGGAGUCCCCAAGCGUUACUUUAGGACCUGCUGUGUUUGAACGUAGUGCUGUUAACGCUGUGCUGCCGGGAAAGGAUGUUUACACGAAUGUUAUACGUAAACCAGUGCUGCCAACCGUGAUUCUGGCUGGCGAUCCUUACAGAGAUGAUACGAUAGACAGAAAAGAGCAUUUAAGAAGGGAAACUGUGGUAGGUCAGCGCAGGUCACCCAGAAGCUGUAAGAUGCAGGCCAGAAGACAGGUAGCAGUGCCCAGGUGUGAGCUGACCACUGACCUGUGACUUGUAUAUGUUAGGUCAAGGAGAUGGAAAAUAAGAGGGUAAGACAGUUAGACUCUCCCGUUUGGCUUGUAAAUAUAGCGUUAAGGAAAGGGAGAGAACAAGAAUACAAAUUUCCUGUAAAUAUGUGAAGAAAAGAAGACAAGAUUAGAGUUUUUCUUCGACUUGUAAAUAUAAAGGAGAGAAGAAAAGAGAAAAAGAGGAAAAAGUAUCUUCCUUGUAACGUGUAAAUAAAAAGAGAAGGAAAAAUUGAAAGAGGAAGAAAAAAGAAGACAAGAAUUUCCUG